AUGGUCCACUUCACCCCCCGCACCUUCCUCGGAGAGGUGCAUCCCGACGAUGUCGAAACAGGCAUCCUGUCGGCAGAGCAUCAACGGUUCAACCAGGAGCACAAAGGCACAUUUCGGUUCACCGACCCCCGGACAAUUGUGGUUUUGGUGACCAUGGCCGCUGACAACGUCCUCGAGUGCGUCCUGGACGCCCAUCAGCUGCAACACAUCAUCCUGUGGAACCAGGCAGUUCAUGAUCCCGAUGUCGACCCACUCACCCACGGCUUCAAGCCGGUGCGGACCCAUGAGGUGGCCUUGGCCGCUAAUGGUAGAGACCCCCAAGGGUGGGCCUCCGCCACCUGGGCCAGCAACGGCGACCUGGUUCACGGAGCGGGACACAUCCCCAGUCUCUGUGAAGCGCUGGUCACGGAUGCACGUCUCAAACCCACUCGGGAUCCCGACAUUGUAACCAUCAGCCGUGCCAAGUAUGAAGACGGCCGCGAGGCCAUCAUCGGGCGUGACCAAGCCCAAUGCAAGGCCCGGGAGUGUCGUAUGGCUAAACAGCAGGCCAGCCGGGACUCUGCUGACUCGAUGGGAUUACAUCUCCGACUUCGAGAUGCUGGCUGCAGACGCAGGAUACUUUACAAUGUGGUCACCACCACCGAUGACAAGGGCAAGUACAAGAAGGGGGACCAAGACAACAUCCUCAUCAAGUUCCUCGAGCGUGGACUCAGUAGUGAGAUCACCAGUUGCCUGUACAACACAGGUGUCCCUCUGCCAAAGGCGUAUGGCGCCUUCAAGGACUGGUGUGUCAACAUCAAGGCAAACACUCUUUGUGACCAGCUGCGCAAAGCAUUGCACGGGCACCCCAUGCAACGACCACCUCCCCAAUUCCGCCCUCAGGCUGCUCCAACAACGCCUGCACCUGCUCUGGCCCGACCAGCUGCCAACAAACCGCCCGGGCACAUUGCGCAGAACUGUCCGGAACCGAGGAAGAAGCGCACAUUCUUCAACCGGGCCACAAUGCUUGAAGAGAUCGAGAACGGGGACAAGGACAACAAGUUCCUCAAGGAGAUCUGCGAGAAGCUGAGCAAGAAGGGUUUUUGA